CAUGUUACAGUGUAUCACAGUGGUCGAUCCGAUGAUAUUGCACCAACAAUAAAAACACAGCCUCAACCAACUGGUGAUGUGGAAAGUGAAUUUUUUGCUGUUAAGACACGAGCGUUGGAUAAGCCACUUAAUUAUGCUAUUGAUUCUGCUUCUCCGUCUUGUUUGAGAUCUUUUGAGAAAUUUAGCAGUCAAUAUCAGAAUUCAAUUAAUGAUUUCUCGGUAUGCAGUUGCACUAAACAGUUGAGGGAUGAUGUACAGAGCAAGGGAAUUGAUUUAAAUGUUUCAGUUACAGCGAAUGAGCCAUUUUCAUCAGAGGCCAUUCCUUUUUCACGAAGUGUUCCUAAUACGUCUCCUUCAUUUUUUUGUCACAACUUUCUUGACUCGAACGUGACGGCGGCUGCUUCGGAAAAUGUUGGCUUUUUAUCUGGAGAUGCACUGUUAAUUGAUUGUUCGCGUGUUGCCCUGUCAGAACCUAACGUUUGUUCAAAAAGCGGUAUUCCUAUAUCAUCUGUGAGACAUAAUGUCCAACGCAAUGUCUCUCCAACUUCCAAUCUGCACUGGACGACUGUCAGCCAAAGUACCAGUGUUUUUUAUUCUAAGCGUAUUUCAAUUGAAAAAACUCACAGAUCUUUCCGUGAAGACGUUUUGAGAAAUGGGUCUUCAACUCGCAUUGGUGCGAAAUAUUAUCGAAAACAUUUCUCUGAUCAAUCAAAACCAGGCUAUAAUAGUUAUGGCCGUUCUUUUGCAGUGAUGAAUACUUAUGACUUUGAAUUGAGCAAAAAUGAUACUUACCGCCCUUCGUUUGAAAAUGUUAGUGUAAGCAGACUAAGCCAAUGGACAACGUUUGAUUCUAUGGCUGAACGUGAUCUUAAAAGCGAAGAAUCUAUACAUAUUGGUUCCGGAAAAUAUCAAGAAAUGAAUAGGGCGAGAUCGUUAUAUGCACAGGAAAAUGGCCGAAUGCUUGAUAGACACGCAGUUGAUUGCAGCAUUCCUCACGAAAUAUCGACACAUGGAAAGUCUUUACGAUAUAAUCUCUUGAAACCAGAUGCACCACUAGGAUAUGAAUUCUCAUCUGCGACAAUGUGGGAAAGUCAGUGUUCUCCGAGGCGUUUUCGAAUUCCUGAGCGACGUUUCAGGCCCAGUAAUACUGAUUCGUAUGUUAAGGAGGAUAAGAUGGACAUAAAUUCUUCAGAUAAUUCAAGCUACGAAUCGUUAUAUUAUCAGCCAUCGAAUCUUGAAGAGAUUCCAAUUGUUUCUUUAGUCGCCGAUCUUCCUAUGAUUGAAGAAGAUGCUAUUGAAUGUGUUCGUCCUACUGUUCAACCAAUUCGAACUCAAGAUUUAAGUCCGGGAGAGCAUAUGUGUUCGCGUUCAACUAAAAUAUCACCGUUAAGACGAGCUCGUCAACGGAUUCGAAGCUAUUGUACGAUGCUCUAG